AUGCGCAAGCAAGCGUGUUGUAGAUCUCUAUGACGACGGCUCUAUUAAACCCUGUAGGUCCGUAGCCGGGCUGGAAGCAGAUUAUGUGGACAGGUGCUGCUCCACUGACCGCCGGCACUUUGUGGGCCAGUUAAAUGGAGAAGCAUCGUGUCUGGAUGACUUUACAAUAAGCAGAACUCGCGGGAACCUGCCAGUGAUAAUGAGUGAGGUGGUGUUCACUAAGUCCCAGGAGGAGUACGAGGAUGACUUUGAGAAGGAUCUAGACUGGCUGAUCAGUGAGGAAAGCAGAAGCGAGGAGCAGGAGCCCGACUAUGAUGACAUUGAGGCGGAAAUUGACAAAGAAUUGGAAGAGGACGAGAAACAGCAUCGAAUUAAAAUGACACAGGACAGCUACAAAGAGGACAAGAAAAGAAACAAAAGAGAAGAGCUUGAGGAAGAUGAAGAGAGGUGGCCCUCACCUAUGGAGCCUUUAGAGUGUGACCCAGACAGUGACAGCCCACAUAAAUCAUCACUUGUAUUACCACCUCCUCCAGGGAUGGACGACCAGACGGAUGAAGAGAAGAAAUAUAUCCUGGAGAAGAUCCAGCAGGCAAACCGAGAGCUGCAGGACCAGGGUGCUCCGGAUAUGAUGAGACGCAAGCGGUUGCAUUUCAAAGAAAAGCUGGUGGACCUGGUGGUGCCUCCACUGCAGUUUGAAAAAGAUGGAGAUGGAGGACAGAGGAACAAGGAUCAAGCUAGUGAUGCAGAGGUGGAGACUGAAGUGUCAGGAAAGCUGUCUGAGCUUAAACUUUCCUCAGUGGAAGAAAACAAAAGUGCUGCGGAGAGCGGUGAGGAAGGACAUGAGGUAAAAGACGGCAGAGUCCUCGUAGAAAAGGAUGGGAAAUUUGAUUUAGUGAGCCUGCAAGAGGUGGAGAGUCAAGGACUUCUCCCCCCAAUAGGAACUAACUACAGCGACUGUUUGCCGAGUGCCCACGAGCAGACUUUGAGCACCAGCAAGGGUCACAGUUCUUCCUCCUCGCCUCGUGCUGGUUCGUCCUCCCUCCAGCAGGAUGCCAAUCACCUGCAGAUCCCCAGGCCUCCAGCGCACCCCAGGAGCAGGCCCAGCUCCGCCGGCCACAGCCAGAGAGGCAGCCAGAGAAGAGGCAGCAAGCGGCGGGUGCAGUCGGCCACAGGGACACUCUGCCAAACCACAUACGCCCUGUCUCCUCAGCAGAAAGAGCUGCUGCAGAGGAUCCAGGAGAGGAGAGAUAAAGUGGCGAGAGAGGCAGAGGAGAAGAAACGUGAGAAGGAGGAGCAGAAGAGGCAGGAGAACGAGCUGGCGUUCAAAGCAUGGCUGCUGAGGAAGAGAGAGCAGCUUCAGGAGAACAGAAGGGUCCAUCGAGCUCAGGAGCUGGAGAGGAUGAGUUCUAAAAAAGACACUGCACACAGCGACCCUGAAGAGGCCUUCAGGCUGUGGCUUCACAGGAAGCAGGAGCAGCAGCAGAAAGACAAACAGCUGGUGGAGCUGAAAAGGCUGGAGGAGGACACUUCUUACCUCCUACGCAGCCGCGAAGAGUGUGAACGUGCCUUUAAACUGUGGCUGAAACGCAAGCGAGCAGAGAAGCGCGCGGAGCAGCAGGCGGUCCGAGAGCGCUCCCGCAGGUUGGUGCUGGAGGAGCGGCGUGCGCGGCGCAUGCGCGACCUGCUGUGCACCGUCAACGAAGGCAGGCCGUUCAGACUGAGCGAACAGCUGGCCUACCGCUUCUGAAGCAGACACACCCGGCAGCACCGCAGACGGCCCUCCCCUGGUCUGGAUUCCUGGUGGGAAUUAGUUGAUGCUGUGUUCGGCUGUUGAUGGAUUUCUAUCUCUUUAUUAAAUAGCUCAUAACGCAGUGACCUCUGCUCGGUGUAAACACCAGUUGUUGUUUUUUGGCAUUUACUGUUGCGGUAGAUUUUGUUUUGUGGCAAAUGCACUUUAUUCUAAACAGAGCUCCCCACAAACUGUGUCAGGAAUUUAGAGCUUGAGGUCACUAUAAAAGCAUUAGGACUGUGAUGAGCAACCACAGGAAAAGUAAGAGUUGCUUAUUUCACAUCAGUAAAUCAAGUAACACCAUUAAAUACAAUAGUUUUAAUUUAUAGUUAUGUACAGAUACAUUUGUGUGCUACAGUAUUUCAUAAUAAAGGGAAACUGAAGAGGCCAACCUCAUGAAACAACAGCAUUAUGUUUCUGGUUAGCAGCUUGACUCCUUGUAGAAAAACAAGAUCUCCCAUAUGUUGUGUUUACAUUGGUUUUACAGUGCACGACUCGACCUCUCAUCCCAGAUAAAGAAAUAAAAGGUCUUACAAAUAUGUAUUCCCUGAAACAGGAACGAUUGACAUCUUUUAAGAGAAAAGGUUCUUCCUUUUACAUUGCAGACAGAUACAACAGCAGCUGUCUAUUAUUAAAAAACACAUAAAUAAAACAAACAGUAACUCACAUGUAAACCAGUAUUCUGCGGUGUGCCCAGAAAGGAAAGGUGACUUAACACAAGGAAACAUGGACAAAGAUCAGAUUCAGAUCAUUUUUCAACAUUCAGCAUAUCUGAACUCCUCUCACACUUACUAGUUGAGAGCAAGGUAGUCCGUCUAAUGUGGAUAUUAUUAUUACUGGCACGGAAAUAGAAAUAACAUUAAAUAUAUCAGUAUAAGAUAACGUGGUAUUUGUAAUAGUGUUAAUAGCGGUACCGCAAGUAACCGACUGAGUAUGUUGCCCAAGGUGUGAAAUGUUAACUAUCAUUAACUUCUUCACAGUUCAGUGAUAGUCAGGCUGAACAUGUUUCAAUUACUAAACAACAUAAAUAAACUCAAGUACUGGUGUGUAAUGAAACAGAAAAACACAUGAAAGACACAAAAAUAACAAUAUUAUUAAUCUUGCACUUUAAAACUGUACAAAAAUAGAAAUAUUCUUAUCCAAAUGUAAUUCAAUAAAUAGGGUUGUGAGGAUGGAGGGAUUUCAUUGAGGGCUGUGUUUCUGCUUCUACAGUUCGUCUCUAGGGUUGAUGUUGAGGCCCUGGCUCCACACUGACUGCGUGUCCAGUGUAUGGAUCACCUCAUCAGCCUGUAGCCUUUCCUGGAAAAGAAGAGGCUUUAGGGCCAUGGAAAACACAAAAAAUAAUAUAAUAAACAGGAAAAAGUGCAGCAAUGAGUUUCACUUUCAAAGGCAGGAAAUUAGAUCAUACUGACGCUGGAGCACUGGUUCCAUUUAAUUUAAUUAGUAUUAAAUAAGAAUUUAAUUUGUCCCAUCUGUGUUCACAACUGAGCUCGAACGUUAACUUGGCUACAUGCUGAAUCCAUUUCCUCAUCUUAUGUGGGAUGGAAAUAUCCUUAAUCCAGUUUCUGCUUCGUCAAAUAUAGCUGCCAAGCUGAGGUGAAGCUAAGUAAGUGAUCCUUUCUUCAGCUAUAGCUACAAACACUAAUUAUACGCGCUCUCCCUGCAUUCCUCGUGGCGUUUACCAUUUCUCUGAAGAGCGGGUCCAGCGUGAACCACAGAGCCACGGCGCACCUCUGCCCGCUGGUGACGGCCUUCACGCCGUGCGGAUUCUCCCCGCCCGACGAGAAACCCACCAUCCUGCCGCACCUGGGCUUCACCGACGCCUAGAGAGGACCAGACAGCGGGACAAGGUUUACCCCGUGGGACCCACCGGAGCCUGGGAUCAGCUGAUCGCACGGGGCCCCGCAGCUCACCGUGAUGGUCUUGGCGUCCAUUUCUGUGAAGAUGAACUCUCCUCCUUCAAAGUCUCCGUUCAGAUACAGCAGCGCACUGAAAGGAAGCACAUUGGCUCGUCUCAUCACGCGCUGCCACGCAUCCCUUCGCGCGCGCCCCCACUCCCGUACCUGUAGUCUCUGUACGUGUACGCCGGCGGCUCCUUCCAGCACUCGUUGGCCUCCGGGUCCAGCAGGCAGUUGUCGGCGUGGAUGGGGUGGCUCAGGUCGUUCCUGUGCUCCUGCUGGCCCGCUAUGGCCGUGCGACACACCAGGUGCGUGUAGGAGAAGUGCAGCGUGGCGUUGAGCUGGAAGUAGGACUCGAUGAUGCGCCGCGCCCGCUCGCUGGAGUCGUAGAAGAGGCGGGCGCUCUGCAUGGGCACCCUGCCCUCGUAGCCGUACUGCGGGGAGACACCGAACCCAGGCAGCUCCUCAGUACACGGCCCAUUGUCAUGAACUGCAGACGACUGGACCCCAUGUUUAUAUGCAUUGAACGGAUUGCACGUGCACCUGCAGGGUUUUCAGCACUGUAGCGCCUUCGAACUUUUCGUUGGGCGUGUGCGGCGACGUCCUCCCUCUGUAACCGUCUCCUGCCAGCGUGACGGCCUGAAAGGCAGGCAGCGUUUACACACCGGGGUCAAGGCACGCGGCCACGCGGCCACGGCGCGUCAAGCUCGUGUAGCGUCCUCACGUGCGCCAGGCUCCUGAGCUCCGCACACUGCUCCUCAGACAGCACGUGGUCCAGCACCACGCGCCGGGACCCGUUCAAGGCCGCCGAGUCGUGCGCCAGCCGCACGCUGUCGUACACCAGCGAACCACCUGCACAGGGCGCAGAGACACGGCGUGUGGGCGCGCGACGCACGGUGGGUGCGAGGAGGGCGAACGUGGGCCGAACCCGCUACCUUCUUUGAACGCCUGCGGAGGAGCGACGGCGGCGGUUUUCUUCUCCGAGAUGGGAACGUACUCCAUCCAGCCGUCGGUGCCCGAUGGAAUUCUGGGGGAGCAGGGAACAGACGCACGUCAGACAGGCAGUGUGACAGGACACGGCCAGUGUAUAAUUUUACACGUGACUUGUUCAGUUUCACCUGUUUGAGUCUUCUCUUCCGCCUGUGCUGCUCCAGUAAUUCUACAAAAAAGAGCGAUGGAAAGAAAUGAAAAAAUGAAAGUGAAAUGUCUCAAUGUGGCCAGUAGGUGUCGCUGUUGAAUGAGAAGACAGUCAGGACGGAUGCCUUUACUGUAGCAGACACCUGUUACUCUGCAGAGUACCGAGGCAGCGGCGCAUUGAUGCUGCUACGCACCCGGCAGGGGGUCUGCGCUCCAUUAGUGACAUGAGGACUGGUUUAGCCACAACCGCAUGUUAAAUUACACAGUUUCUGGUUUAAAUCAAGAAUUAAAUUAAAUGCCCUGCUCUCUGAA